AUGAGUUUCUCUUUACCUAAAACUGCCGAGCAGGAUACAAAGAAGGCGUUGAAGUCCUUGAUAUCCCAUGAGCUCAAGGAGAAAGGUGAUGUCAGACAAGUUAUUUACCUAAUCAUCAACACUGAAAAACCAUUAGCAAAACAAAAUGAUCAUGUUGCCAGAAUAAUACCCAUCCCGCAUAGAAUGUCAAGAGUCGAAGAAAACUCAAUCCUAUUACUUACAAAAGAUCCAUCAACACCAUAUAGAGACCCAUUAACAUGUAAAAAAUCACCUACAGAAGAUUUAUUCAAAGAUAUAAUGCCAUUGAAAAAAUUGAAAAUAAUCUCCAGAUCCAACAAAUCAUUGAAAAAACUAUUCCAUGAAUAUGAUAUAAUAGUGGCUGAUCAUAGAAUACAUCAUUUAUUACCAUCAGUAUUGGGUGAGAUGUUUUACAAGGGUCAUAAGAAAUUACCAUAUAUGGUGCAAAUGGCAAAACCUGACCCAAAUGCAAUCAAGUCGAAAAAGCAAGACCGCGUGGAGACUUGUGAUGCUCAAUAUGUUAGGGAUCAACUUAGAUCUAUUGUUAAAAAUACAAGUUUUGUUCCAAAUAAAGAUUCUACAAUAAGUGUUAAGAUUGGAUAUACAGAUUUUGAAAUUGAAAAAUUGAUUGGGAAUAUUGUUUCAGUUUGUGAGUUUUUGAAGAAUCCAAAAUUUCAACCUGUUGGUGGGUUAUUGAAACAUAAUAAUCAAAUUAGAGGGAUGUUUGUAAAGACUAAUGAUAGUAUGAGUUUGCCAAUCUAUAGUAAGAAAUAA